GAGUCCGGGACAACACAAACCCUCUCAACCCAAUGCACAUUUUUAGUGCAUUCGCAUGUACAUGAAUACUUGCACAAAAAAGACUGGUAUCUGAACUGAAACCGUCUCCUUGUGCCCAGGACGAGACGUCAACCCAUCCUCAGGGUGCCAACUUUGCACACACACUGGUACCAGUUGUGUACUUGUGUCUGUAUUUUUAAUUGUUUUUGCGGUGAGUACAAUGUGGGACCAGCAGAACGUUCCAAGUCUCCGUGAUAGUGGCAUAGAGGUGUGAAAGGAUGGCGUUCUUCCGGGUGGUCUUCAGCCAUCUCUAGAGGACAAUCGGUGGUCUUAACCCGUUGAAUCAGACAACACAGACACCGCAACCCCGAUUAUCUGCUUGAUGUAACAACACGCCUACUCGAACGCCAAGCUUGUGUCUAACAUCCUUCAGUCCCUUCAAACUUCCGUGACCAUUGCCCCUUUGCGCUGUGCGUCCAUUAACCCUCUCUCAUCUCCCUCCGCCAUCUUUAGGGUUGAUCAUUUCCGUGCCGUACCUUUGCUUCCUCAGGUUACCUACUCGUGCUCCCCACCUCCCCUGCAUUGCCAUGUUUGUGAUUCACUGAUCUCUCUCACCUUCGGAUACUAUGCAGCUCGGGGUUCGUAGGUUGGGAUUGUCUAUUGGGGUUGCUUUUUACUGGUAAUUUAAAGUAAUUUAAGCGUGAAUCUUACUGUGCUUCGGUUCGUCGAAGUGAAGACUAUCCGAGGGCCUGAAGGCUGCAUUGUCUUGUCUGGUUCUUGAAGGUAUUUAGCGCAGCAGAGCGCACAGCUGUUUUAUGAUAGCAGAUUUGAAAGAGCGACGCUGAUCGCGUAUUAGAUCUUGUGGUUCUAGAGCUUUUUUUAGUGGUACUGUCGCGCCUGUACAGAAUCUUGGUAGUUUUGCAGCGUCCUUAGCUGCUGAUCCAGCUACAAACUUCGUAGCAAGUCAGUCUUUCCCAAUGCCAUUACUUCGCCAGUCCAUUCUUGGGUAACAAUUCUUCAACUCGGCGUCUUCGAUCAGCUCUAUUGGACUAAGUGGGACAGUAACACUUAUGGAACAAGUAACGAGGGCCUUGCGACCGUAGAGGAAUUCAUGCAAUUUGAGUGUAAACAGCUGCAUAAUGGAGGAUUUACAAGCCAGCCAGCAGUUUCUGGCCAAGUUACGAUUGAAACGCAACAAUGACGCUUCUCCUAUUAGACGAGGUCCAACGGAGGAAGCGUGGAAUGCAGACGACACUGGUACUCGAAGCACAGAUUCUCCUAUGUGGAGACGCGUCUCGAUGACUUCUAACCGCUCUCAGCCAAACGGGAAGAAUGUGCAGAAGACUCGGCAGAUCGAGUGGGUCAUUCACUUACAGAACGUGGCACAGGGACUUAUGACGAAGCUACAUAAAUUGCACCAAAUUUUGGGGCCACCAGAACCUGGCUCUAAUAUGCAGUAUCCUGAAUCAUUCUGGAAGACUGGAAUUAUUCCAGAUAUGCCAAAGCUCUGCCAACAUGUCGCACGCAAGUUUCCGGAGCACCCUGCAAAAAUUCAGCUCGACAAGGUUGACAAAGCUGGAGUCGACUUACUACAUGAGCACGCUGGAAGAUAUGUGGCAACACUUGAGCCGUGGAUUAUGGUUCUUGAGGACCUUAUGACAUUUCGUGAACAAUCACUCCGUGUAAUACUCGACCUGAGCAGUACAGUUGUCACCUUGAUGCCGAAUCAAAAUCCUCUUCUUCUGCAAGUGUUCAUGGACCUCUUCUGUUGUUUUGUCCGAGUUAAUCUCCUAGCUGACAAGGUACCAAGGAAGAUGCUUCUACAGAUGCACAAUCUGGUACAUACGAUAAUGAAAAGCGGAAGAGAUUACGGGGCUUACCAUCGCAUGGUGCAGUUCGUAGAAGCAUACGAUCCUCCUCUUAAAGGGCUCCACGAUGAUUUGAACUUUGUGAGUCCCCGGAUAGGUGAGAUAUUGGAUGCUGUAGGCCCAACAGUGUUGCUUGGAUCAGAUUUUCAAAGGCUGCGCAGUGAAGGUUACCUCAGUCCAUUUCAUCCUCGCUAUCCUGAAAAGCUUACUAAUUCGGCACAUCCCGCUAGAGCUCAAGAUCUCGUAAAUAUUGAAGCCUAUCGAGAAUGGGCACUUAUUGGGUAUCUAGUUUGCCCCACAGAACUUCUUCGGCCUGGAGCAGUGGAUAUCGCUUUAGUAUUGCUCAAGGAAUCCUUACUUCUGCCUCUUUUCCGAGAUGAGUAUGUUCUGUUGCAUGAGGAGUAUCAGCAAUAUGUGCUGCCCAGGAUAGCUGAGUCCAAAAAGCUUGCUAAGGCAGGGCGUGCUAAGGGUGGUGAUGCUGACGUUGAAUACAAUCUAGCUAAACAGGUCGAGAAGCAAAUCUGCGACGCCCAAGAUACUGCUAUCAACAAUGCAGAUGUAGCACACAGAGAGCACCGGCUUCUUUUGAAGCAGGAGCUCGGCCGAAUGCUUUUGUUUUUUACGGACCAACCCACCCUCCUCGCACCCAAUUUGCAGAUGGUGUUUGCUGCUAUGGCAAUGGUUCGUGCAGAAAUUCUAUGGUUCUUCAGACACGUUGGAGUCACGGUGGGAAAAUCGAAGGGUGCACGAGUGAUGCCCAUAGAGAUGGACAUUACAGAUCCUACAAUUGGGUUCUUGCUGGAUGGCAUGGAUCGUCUCAUCGGUCUUAUUCGCAAGCAUACUCCAGCUUGCAAAGCAUUUGCAAUGGGCUACUUGUCAGCUGCCGUGCAGAGAAUGCAAGUUCUUUUGGUUGGGCCAGGAAUGGUGGCUCUUGAUAUAGAUCCUGAGUUGCGUGAGCUGUUUAAUUCUGCCCUGGAAACUCUGGACCAACUUCGUAAGCUCCAAAAUGACAAAGUUGUUUCCACUUCGCUUGAUCUCUCAACGUUUCGCAGGGACUGGCUGCGUCUGAUAAUGCUGGUGUCUUCCUCAAGAUCUCCAAUAAAUAUUCGGCACCUGGACAAAGCUACUUUAUCUGCAGGCAAUGAUAGCAUUGUUUCUGAAGGGAACCUUGCAUACAUGUGGUCAAGGACUGUGGACGAAAUGGAUAAGCAGAUUUUGCAACAUGCGUCCCUCAAAGUGCUGUAUUUCUACCGACUUGAUGUCACAGCGGUUUUUCGACAUACAAUGUUCGGACCUGAAGGUCGACCUCAGCACUGUUGUGCCUGGCUUGCCCUGGCGUGUACAUUUCCAGAUAAUGCCCACCCAAAUGUUCCUGAUGAGCUGCCAAAAUUUGCCCGCGACGCAGUGUCCUAUGCAGAGUCCAUUCUUGAUUCAGUUAUGGGUGGCUUAGAGGGUUUAAUCAACAUCUUAGAUUCAGAAGGAGGUUAUGGCUCUCUUGACAAUAAGCUUCUUUUGGAACAAGCUGCCUUGCGUCUCAACCAACUAUCUAGAGCUGGCCUCAGCGGUGUCAAGUCUGCUAAUGGGACGAUGAAUUAUCCUUUGCCCGGUUGUGAGAGUGAGCCAGCUCACAGAGAUUCUAUUAAAAUGUUGGAAGCAGCCGUUCAGAGACUCAUCAGUCUUUGUUCAGUACUGAACGAGAUGGAACCCCUGCGGGUUCUUAAUCACAUGUUUGUACCGCGAGAGUACCUAAGAGACCGAGUUAUGAAAAAUUUCCGCACGCGGCUAACAAGUAUUAUCAUGGUGGAUGGUGAACUUCAACGGCCAACUGUAGUGGAGGCACGGUUGCAGCGGCAUAUGAGCAUAGUGCAUCUCGUGGAACAGCAUGUGCAAUUGGAUUUGACACGUGGUAUCAGAGAAAUUCUCUUAACUGAGUCUUUUGCACGGCCCAUGCGAGAUCUGCACCCCGACGAUCGUGAAGUUGGCGCUGGUGGUGACGCUGUAUGUACAAUCACGGAUUGGACAAUCGAGAAUCUGUUACGUGAUGCGAAAGCCUCUGGAGUUAUAUUUUCUCCUUUGGAUAAGUGUUUCAAGAGCACUAGGCCUAUUGGGAGGGUUGCUGCAGAUUCAGUGGGAGAUUUGGUAGAACUCAAGGCGUUUGUGCGCAUCUUUGGUCCAUACGGCGUCGAUAAGCUAUGUGAUAACUUGUUGCGGCAGCUGACAGUUCUUGUAGAUACCUUCGAUACUUUUUUGCGUUCCAACAAGGAGAUUCUAGAAUCUUUAGCUGGUAACUGGCAUAGUAAAAAUCAUCGUGAGAGUAUGCUAAACCAAUUAGUUGAGUUGGAAAGUCUUAUGGCAAAUGCUAUACGGCUAGGCCACAUGCUUAGCAUGCGAGCUCUUCUAGCUGAGGCAACUGCUCAAGUCUUAAGGACCAAUACUCCACUACUCUUUUCUCUCUUGACAGACUUUUGCAAGCACGCUCCUGCAACCAUUCCUGAGAGACCCAAUCUAUCGAGACUAAAAAAUGUGGCCAGCCGUGUGGGUGCCAUUGAACUUGAAGAGGGUGACGCUGUGAUGAUUCAUAGCAUUUUGACCAAUAGUCGAGGAGCUGGUGAUUCAUCAUGGGGACUUCUGCCAUUUCUCUUCGUUGCGUGCAUGAACGCAAAUGUUUGGAACUCCACCACCUUCAACGUCCUUACUGGCGGUUUUACAUCAAAUGUUCAUUGUCUGUCCAGAUGCAUGAAUGCUGUGAUGAUUGCCAACGAGUGGGUGCGUUCAGAGCGAAAAGAUCCAGGAAGUAGAAGUGUGCGUGAAGAUGGUUCUCCACUUCAACCUGUAGAAACUCGAGCAGAGGUUGAUACAGAUGUCAAGGCUUCCAUGAAGACUUUCUUACAGUGUGCAGUUGCCACAGUGCUUGAAGCAUGGGAUGACUCGCACAGGAGUCCCCUGGUUGCAAAAUUGAUCUUUCUGGAUCAGCUUUGUGAACUAACAGCGUAUUUACCUCGAAGUACGCUGGAAAGCUACGUACCCCAUACAAUCAUGCGGUCAAUCUACCAGAUGUACUACGAAAGCUCAGUGCCGAGUCUUGUGCACGUCCAUCCUUCCUCACGUCAGUAUACAGGCUCAGCUCUAGGCAACGGUGGCCCUAUGAAGAGCGAGCAAGCUGGGGAGUUAACAGAGCCGUAUCAUCCCCCGCAGCAAACCUCUAGAGGCUCCAUCUUCUCGGGCCCUAUUAAGUUUACUGGACAACACAAGCGGCCCGAGGUUGAGCCCUCUGGUGAGCUGGGAAAUGAUGGCAAGCCUCGCAGGAAAGCCAAUCGCUUCUCAGGUCCCCUGGAUUACAGUCGGAAGGUGUCGUUUGCUGAAGGCCGAGUUAACCCUCAGGAACCAAAGUCUCCAUCUAGUAAGAGCCCACUUGGUAGGUUCAGGUCAGGACCUCUGUCAUAUGUAUAACACGAUGGUCUAGAUGCUGGAGUAGAAACUUAAAUUUGUGAUUUCUAGAGUUGACCACAAUUGGGGUUGCAACAGUAGGAUUGGAUUGGCAGUUGAUGUCCACAGGGGCAAGCAUGGACUUUGUAAAUUAGAAGGAUUACUUGAAGCUUUUGGAUGAGUUUCAGUGUAGACAGUAACGUAUGGGUGAUGGAUUAUGAAGAGUAUUCCUGAAGCUAUCAUGUAAUAGGACUACGUAAUGACUGAAGUUACUUGUAAUAACACUAUUGUCGUAACUGCGGACUCUAUAUAUACGCUUAAUUUCGA